AUGGCGCCUUCACUUAACACUCAUUCUUCUUUCACGCGCCCGCGAACAAGCGAACGCGAUGCUCGGCCGAGCACUCGCGACCAGAGCGACAACAACUUGAUAAUCCCGAGCAGGACCUCCUCUCUUCAUUCACGCAUUACGCAGCCAAUUCCUUCAACCCUCAAUGUGAAGCCUCAGCAACGAACACCCAAGACCUUGACCCAUGCCUACAUGGUAUGUGGUGUUGGAAGGGAACCGUCGCAAUGGGUGAAAGCUCCCGCCACCACCCAGGGAAAGAUUGGCCAUAUGAAAGGUGCCGUUGGUCAGUUUUGGUUGCCUGAAAUUCUGGGAAGCAGUCCUCGUCUGGAGCAGGAUAAUGAGGUCGCUCGAUCCUUGCAUGCUGCUAUGAGGGCAUGUUUCCCCCAUGAUGUCGAGAUUUGCACUGGUCGAAGCCAGCCUCAUUGCGUUCAUCAUGCUUUCGUUCUACAACAAGAUUCGUCACAUACGCUUUACGGUAUCUGUCUGCGUGUUUGGUCAAGGGCGGAUGAGAAGAGGGCAGAGACGAUAAGGGACCUCAGGAAGCGUACUGAGACGGAUUACUAUGACAACCCCGACGAAACUUACUGGAUUCCGUAUUGCCUGUCGUUCCUUUCUCGAUACCCGUUGUACAAUCUUCUGGGCGAUUACUUACGAGGGAUGUGGAUUCACUGGAAUAAGGCCACGAAUCUGUUCCACGCUGAGGAAGUAUCGCGAAUUCUCAGUUUCCCCGCGCCGCGAUUGAACGAUUUGGUCCGAAUAGACAUGAAGGAUUAUGCCCUUUGCUACCAAUUCCCAUCUUCGCCAACAGGGUUCCAAAACUUCGCCAUGUGGCCUCUGUGGACGUGUCUUUCGGUUCCUAACAUUGUCGGCGUGAUCGAGGCUGCCAUAUCCCCUACGAGGCGUAUAAUAUUCGUCAGUCACUACCCUGCGAUGUUGACAAUGGCCGCCGAAACUAUCCGAUUCUGCGUCCGAGUAUACGAGUGGAGCGGUCUUUACGUGCCCGUUGUCCACGCUCGCCACGCAAAGGAACUGGUCGAUGAGCCCGGCCCGUACAUCCUCGGUAUCACUGCAGAAUGCAGGUCUCUAUUCACCGCCCCGAAUGAUGCCCUCGUCGUCGACUUGGAUCGCAAUUUCGUUCUUACUUCCAGCCCGCCAACUGCACUCAACUCGAGCCAGCGCAACAAGUUUGUUACUCGAUUGACACAAGCCCUAAACGGGGAUGUCACGCCUUCCGGUGUCCCUCAACAUCUACGCUCUGCUUACGGUGGUGGUAAAUUGGUACCAGCAGGUCAGAUCAUUGUUAUGCGAGGAGAGGUAGAGUCUAUUCAGGACCCCGAAUGGUGGAACCAGGACUCUGUAAUGUCUGUGAUGGACCAUGUCUGUGAAAAGCUGGGCCGUAACACCGGACUGAAAGCUGUUUUCGGUGGUUCCGUUAAGAAGCCUCUGAUGACCAAGGUGUCCAUGAGGCACCUGAACGAGAUCGUGAGAGAGCGCAACCAGUACUCUCGCGAUGCCAUGGAAGCAUGGCAGGAUUUCAUCAACCUGAAGGGCCGCAUGGAAACCGAGCUUGCCAAGGUUACCAAGCGGAACAACUACUUGGUCGAAGAAUUGGAGAGCUGGAAACAACAGUUCCUCAAGUUCCAAGCUUUCGCUGAGACGCUCACUAAGGAGACCCAGGAUCUCAAGGUGAAGAUCGAGACCCACAAGCGUGAGAACCGCAGACUCGGUGGUCUCAUCGACCAACAGAAGGAUGAUAACGCCCGCCUCUCUGUUCGUCUUACCGGUACCGAGAAGCAACGAGACGAUGCUCUCGAAGCCCUUGUUCUUCAGCAAGAGAUUGCCGAGGAGCUCGAACGAGAACGUAAGCGAAACAAGAAGGAACUGGCUGCCCUUCAGCACACGAAUGUUACGAUCAUUCGACAACGUGACGAGGCUCGGCGUGUUGUCCUCCACUUGCGCAGUCUAAUUGGCGGACAGUCGCAUCACAUGGAGCAUUUGGUUCAAUCUCUAACUACGCGUGAUGAUCUCGCUAGUGAGAUCGAAGAAGGCUUCGAGGAAGAUGGUGACAGGGAAUCUCGUGACAGCCGCUCACUACAGAGCUCCAGUCGGGCAACCAACCGAUUUUCCACCGCUAGCUUCAACGACGUUGCAGACCGUCACCUCAAAGAUAAGACUGAUGCCAUCUCCCACAUUAUUAGGAAUAUUGCGGAGCAGUGCCAGGCUGCUGUAGAGGGUCUUCAGCUUGCGCAAGACGCCGAGAUCGAGUCGUCUCGAUCACCUCGUCGAACCAGUGCCAUGUCUACCGUCACUAGUGACGAUGGCCACUCAGCAGCCUCUUCGGAGGUCGGCGACGAUAGCCUUCUACGCCCCUCUAGACGUGCGUCUAGCAUUCCUCCAACACCGGAUUUGAUCCCCAACCGAAGCAGCACAUCGAUGUCGAUGGCUUCGACUAUGACGACUCCUGAGCGAUCCAGCCAGCAGUACAGCAUUUCAAACGACAUCCCCACGAAGAUCCUGGAGGAUGACGAAGACGAUUUAGCUGACCGAAGCGAGGCUGAGACAAUGUCUCAGGAGCCCGGCCUUGUUGGCAAGCAUGCCUCAAGCCUUAUUCACCGCCCUUCUGGCGCUAGAAUCAGUGCCCUCGGUGGUACCCGCUAA